GGGCGCGUCCCAAAGUCGGGUCCUGUCCCGGAGCCGCGGGAGGGCGAAAGGCGGUAGAGACAGCGCUCGGCACCAGCCACUUAGAGUAGUACGGGGGCGGGGAGGGCAGCAGAAGGCAAUCCUCUGGUUAGUGCCCCUGUAGACCACGUGAUUGGAGAGGUCCCGCCCUCCUCCGCGCGAACCAGGUGUUCGAAUCCCGUCUCCAGAACUAGCGGCAUCUCAGUGUUGCCGGCGUGGGGCGCCAGAGGGCCCGCCCUGGGGCUCAUGGCCGCGUCGGUCCGCCUGGGCCGGAAACGCCCGCUGCCCGUUUGCCCCAACCCGCUUUUCGUACGCUGGCUGACCGAGUGGCGGGACGAGGCAGCCAGCAGAGGGCGCCGCACGCAAUUCGUGUUUCAGAAGGCGCUGCGCUCCCUCCGGCGGUACCCACUGCCCCUGCGCAGCGGUAAGGAAGCUAAGAUCCUACAGCACUUCGGAGACGGGCUCUGCCGGAUGCUGGACCAGCGGCUUCAGCAGCACAAAGCAUCAGGCGAUGACCAUGCUCUGUGUUCACCAUCUGGAGCGAAGAGUCCCGCCCCGGAAAGGCCACCUUCUGAAGUUCAGGACCCUUCCAUGCCAGUUCCAACCCAGCUCAAAGCAGGAGGCUCUGGCAGCUACUGGCCCGCUCGGCACUCUGGAGCUCGAGCAGUACUGCUGCUGCUGUACAGGGAACACCUGAAUCCUAGCAGCCAUGGCUUCCUAACUAAGGAGGAGCUGCUGCAGAGCUGUGCCCAGAAGGCUCCCAGGGUGGCCCCUGGAAGUGCUCGGCCCUGGCCAGCCCUCCGCUCCCUCCUCCGCAGGAACCUGGUCCUCAGGACACACCAGCCAGCUAGGUACUCACUGACCCCAGCGGGUCUGGAGCUGGCCCAGAAGCUGGUUGAGUUGGAGGGCCUGAGCUUGCUGAAUGUGGGCAGCGGGCCAGAGGAGCCCCCUGGGGAGGAGCCUGAAAUGCCAGGAGCGGCCUCAGCUGAGCUUGGCACCAGUGAAGGGAGCGUCCAGCAGCCACUCCUGGAGCUGGGGCCUGGAGAGUACAAGGUGCUGUUGUGUGUGGACGUUGGCGAGACCAAGGGAGCGGGACACAGGCCAGAGCUGCUUCGAGAGCUGCAGCGGCUGCACGUGACUCACACAGUGCGCAAGCUGCACGUUGGGGACUUCGUGUGGGUGGCACAAGAGACCCGUCCCAGAGACCCGGCACAACCUGGAGAACUAGUUCUGGACCACAUCGUGGAGCGAAAGCGGCUGGAUGACCUGUGCAGCAGCAUCAUUGACGGUCGCUUCCGGGAGCAGAAGUUCCGGCUGAAGCGCUGCGGCCUGGGGCACCGGGUAUACCUGGUGGAGGAGUGUGGCUCGGUGCAUAGCCUCAGCCUUCCCGAGAGCACACUGCGGCAGGCUGUCACCAACACGCAGGUCAUCGAUGGCUUCUUUGUGAAGCGCACAGCGGACAUUAAGGAGUCAGCUGCCUACCUGGCCCUGUUGACGAGGGGCCUGCAAAGACUCUACCAGGGUCGCACCCUCCACAGUCGCCCCUGGGGGACUCCAGGGGACCCUGAAUCAAAGGCUGGGCCCUCCCCAAACCCUCUUUGCUCACUGCUCACCUUCAACGACUUCAACGCGGGAGCCAUUAAAAACAAGGCCCAGUCUGUGCGGGAGGUGUUUGCCAGGCAGCUGAUGCAGGUGCGCGGAGUGAGCGGUGAGAAGGCAGCAGCCUUGGUGGAGCGGUACAGCACCCCUGCCAGCCUACUGGCCGCCUAUGACGCCUGUGCCACCCCGAAGGAACAGGAAACACUGCUGAGCACCGUCAAGUGUGGGCCGCUGCAGAGGAAUCUGGGGCCGGCUCUGAGCAGGACCUUGUCACAGCUCUACUGCAGCUCUGGCCCCCUGACCUGAGCUAUGCCACGAGACAGAGCCCCACCCCCAUCUUCCAAGGCUACCCACCCUUUUAACCAGAAUCUUUGGGCUACAAUAAAAAUCUUAAGUCUUUGCAGCUUUAUGUGUUAGGAGGAGAUGCCAGGCCACAGGGGUCUUAUAAGAUAUCCAAGGAGGA